AGUCCCAUAGGCAGCGGUGCGCGCGCGCGCGAUUUCUCUGACAAGCGCAGCGCGAGCACACUAACAGGGCAACAUCUGAAAAACAAUCAAACAAAACAAACAACAAAUAAACAAAUAGGAGCUCCUGCUCGCGGAUUAACACCCGGACAGCACCGGAUUAUCUGUGGAAGUGUUUUAUUUUGUUGGAGCAUGUAAACGGACAGACUCCGGGUGAAGAUGACAAACACACGCGCACUGAACCGGAUUGUGCCCCGGUGUGCGCUGAGGCCCCAGCUGUGCCCGCUGCUGCCAGAUGUGCCGUUAGCUUAGCAUCAGAUUCGGACUGCAAAUGCUAAAUCUGAUUUGCAUAACUAUUAGACAAUUAGUUUGGCUAAUCACAGAUAGCCAGUUAGCAUAACCGCAGGCAUCUGAGGUGUUAGCUUAGCCGGCUAAUCACAGUUAGCUAGCUGGACAAUUCGUCAGUAUUAGCUCGGCUAAUUAGGCGAUUAGCAUAACUGUGGGAGCUAAUUACGGUUAGCCAUUUAAUAUUUACACUAAAAGUUAGUAAGAGGAAUAACUGAAGAAAACUAAAGGUUUUAAUUAAGUAACUCAUCAUAUGUAAGUUAGUUAGCCGGUGGCUAUCUCGUGCUAAGCGGGCUGCACUGAGUGCGCAGGCCGAUGAGGAGAGCUCAAACCCGGGCACGGGCCACGGCGUCGCUCCGCAGGCAUGCAGCAGCCCGGAUACGACUUCUCCAGCGAGGAGAACAGCUCCAGGUGGAGAGGCCUGUUCGUGCCGGCGCUCAGAAAGGUGCAGUUACAGGUGCAUCCAAAUCUGUCGUCAAAUGAAGAUGCUCUGCAGCAUAUCGAGGAGCUCAUACUGCAGCUGCUUAACAUGCUGUGUGUCAGUCAGCCCAGAACUGUUUCUGAUGUGGAGGAGCGCAUCCAGAAGACGUUUCCGUACCCCAUAGAUAAGUGGGCCAUGUCUGACGCUCAGUCAGCUAUAGAGAAGCGCAAGCGCAGGAACCCUCUCCUGUUUCCUGUGGACAAGAUCCACCCUUUACUGAAGGAAGUGUUGGGCUAUAAGAUCGACUACCACGUCUCUCUGUACAUCGUGGCCGUGCUGGAGUACAUCUCAGCUGAUAUCCUCAAACUGGCUGGGAAUUAUGUGGGAAAUAUCCGACACUUUGAGAUCAGCCAGCAGGACAUAAAAGUCUCCAUGUGUGCAGAUAAGGUGCUGAUGGACAUGUUUGAUCAGGAGGAGGUGGGUCUGGUGUCUCAGUGUGCAGAGGGAAACUCAACCACAGGUGUGCUGAACUACGAUGACCUGGUGCGGUUGGAGAUGGCUGAGGAACGGCAGUACCUGCGUGAUCUUGACCUCAUAAUUAAGGUGUUCCGCCGAGCCUUCCUGUUCAACAGCAAACUCUUCAGCCCACAGGAUGUGGAGCUAGUUUUCAGUAAUAUUUUGGAGGUACAUGAGCUGACAGUGAAGUUGUUAGGUCUGAUUGAAGACGCAGUGGAGAUGACUGAAGAUGGCAGUCCUCACCCACUGGUUGGCAGCUGUUUUGAAGACCUUGCAGAGGAACAAGCCUUUGACCCCUAUGAGACUCUGUCCCAGGACAUUCUCUCCAAAGAGUUUCACGAUCACUUCAGUAACCUGAUGUCCCGCCCCACUGUGGCAUUACACUUCCAGUCGAUUGCUGAGGGUUUUAAGGAGGCUGUGCAGCAUGUUCUUCCCCAGCUGAUGAUGAUACCUGUGUAUCACUGCAUGCACUACUUUGAACUGCUGCAGCAACUGCAGGAGCGGAGCAUAGACCAUGAUGACCGGGAGCAUCUGAAACAGGCUCAGACGGCUCUGCUGAACCUGCAAAGCAGCAUUGAGCGCAUCUACAGCAAAAAACCUCCCCGCCGCAAACCAGGUGAACCUCUUUAUUGGCUAUAUAGCCGAACGAUUCGUAGUAAGCAUCUGGCCAUAAAGCGCAUGAGUGAGAUCCAAAGGAGCAUCGACGGCUGGGAAGGCAGAGACAUUGGUCAGUGCUGCAGCCAGUUCAUCCUGGAGGGUCCGCUUGUACGUGCCGGUGCCAAGCACGAACGCCACAACUUUUUGUUCGAUGGAUUGAUGAUUAGCUGCAAGGCCAAUCAGAGCUCACGAAUGCCAGGGGCAGAGUUCCGGCUGAAGGAGAAGUUUGUGCUGCGUAAGUAUCGUGUGGUGGACCGCGAGGACUCACAAGAUCUACGCUUCGCCUUCGAGCUGGUGGGGCGCGAUGAGGGCGGGGCUGUGUUCUGCGCACGCUCAGCUGAGGAGAAGAGUGCUUGGAUGUCGGCGCUCUUCAUGCUGCAGUGUAGAAGUACUCUGGACCGCAUGCUGGAUGCCGAACUACAGAAGGAGGAGGAGGAGCAGCCAUUGCGUUUGCCAUCUCCUGAUGUGUACCGCUUCACCGUGCGUGACUCAGAGGAGAACAUUGUGUUUGAGGAGCACAUGCAGAGCAAAACCGGCAUCCCCAUCAUUAAAGCAGGGACUGUGGAAAAACUCAUAGAGAGACUCACCUACCACAUGUAUGCAGAUCCAAAUUUUGUGCGAACGUUUUUGACGACUUAUCGUUCUUUCUGCAAACCACAAGACCUCCUCACACUCCUCAUUGAAAGGUUUGAGAUCCCUGAGCCUGAACAGUUGGAGGCGGAACUUGAGUCGAUGUGGAACGGGAAUCAGCCAAUGGCAGCCGAGCUCCAGAGAUUCCGUAGAGAAUAUGUGCAACCUGUCCAGCUCAGGGUUCUAAAUGUGUUUCGCCAGUGGGUGGAGCAUCAUUUCUAUGACUUUGAGAAUGAUCCAGAACUACGCAUCAGACUGGAGGAUUAUAUCACCAACCCAAUGCAGCUAAGAGGGAAGUCUGUGCGUAAGUGGGUGGUGUCCAUUAAUAAGAUCAUUAAGCGGAAGAUGCAGAUGCAGCCAAAUGGCAUCAGUCAUAACAUUACCUUCGAGGUUCCACCGCCUCCUGUGGAGUGGCACAUCAGCCGGCCCGGCCAGAUCGACACCUUUGACCUCAUGACCCUUCACCCGAUUGAGAUCGCACGUCAGCUCACACUGCUGGAGUCUGACCUGUACAGGGCUGUGCGUCCGUCCGAGUUAGUGGGCAGUGUGUGGACUAAAGAAGAUAAAGAGAAGAACUCGCCCAACCUGCUGAGGAUGAUCAGACACACCACCAACCUCACACUCUGGUUUGAGAAGUGUGUGGUGGAGGCAGAGAAUUUGGAGGAACGGGUGGCGGUGAUGAUCAGGAUAAUUGAAAUUCUGCAGGUUUUCCAGGAGCUCAACAAUUUUAACGGCGUUUUAGAGAUUGUUAGCGCCAUCAACUCCGUACCUGUUUACCGCCUGGAGCACACUUUUGAGGCUGUGCCGGAGAGGAAGAAGAGGUUUCUGGAGGAGGCAGUGGAGCUCAGUCAAGAUCAUUUUAAAAAGUAUCUAGCCAAACUCAAAUCCAUCAACCCACCGUGUGUGCCUUUCUUCGGUAUCUACCUGACCAACAUCCUGAAAACAGAGGAGGGGAAUCCGGACUUCCUGAAGCGUCAUGGUAAAGAUCUAAUCAACUUUAGCAAGAGACGCAAAGUGGCUGAGAUCACUGGGGAGAUCCAGCAGUACCAGAACCAACCGUACCGUAUUGCGGUCGAAAAUGAAAUCAGGAGGUUCUUUGAGAACCUGAACCCCAUGGGCAGUAUGACUGAGAAGGAGUUCAGUGAUUAUCUAUUUAAUAAAUCUCUGGAGAUCGAGCCACGCAACAGCAAACAGCCUCCGCGAUUUCCCAGGAAGACAUCUUACCCUCUGAAGUCCCCGGGGGUGCGUCCUGUGAGGCAGGUGACGACCGGAGGUGGGAAUCGAGGACACCCUGCGCCGUUAGAGCGUGACCCAUUGCCUAAAAUCACCUUCAGGAGCAUUGCUGAGACCGAGACAGAGAGCAUGACCUCGCUGCCCACUUCCCCCAACACACCCGCCCAGACACCCCCCCCUUCCGCUUGCUCCGAGCUCAACUCUGUCUUCAUAGAGCAUGACACCAGUGGCACCAGUAUUUUUGCUACUGUCAUGCUGCCUCCUUCCAAGUUUCACUCAGUGUCCUGUGGCAGUUUGCAUCAGCUGGGUGAAGAGCUUCUGAAACCUCCACCACUGCCCCCCCGCAGGAAGGAUGCAUCCUCAGAGAGCAAGUUAAGUUCUAGAUCAGAAAGUCCACCCGCAGUUCCACCUCGGCUGAGAACUCCUCUUCCUCUCCCUUCUGUUCCUCGUUUCACACGUGGAAUCAGCGAGCAGACAGAUGGUUCCUCAAGCCCCCCACCACCUCCACCCCCACGUGACCCCAUCCCAGAAGUGAUGCCCCCCAUACCGCAGCGACCCCCUGAGAGCUUCAUCAACUGCCCCAUGAACCCCGCUGUGUCUCCAGUGGGACGCAUUCAUUGGGAUUACUGCAGCUCGCCCUCGUCCCCCUGCACCCCGCCAGGCACGCCCUCCCCUCGCCUCCCAUUCCCCCCUCCGGGCACCCCGUCCCCCCGCAUUCCCCGCCGUCUCUGCCCCUCCCCUGGUCCUGCUGUCCCCAGCCCGUGCCACCUGCCCCCUCCUAUUCCACCUAGACACAACUCCACGCCCCCCACCCUGCCCAAACUGCCCCCAAAGACUUACAAAAGAGAGUUGUCUCACUCCACACACACUCUCUCUCCACCAUCCAUACACACAUUGUCAGACAGCAGCCAGUGAGCAUGAGCCAUCAGAUCACUGCUGAGUCAAGAAGAGGUGGAGCGAUUCCAGUGUCCUGGAUGGACAGUUUAACUUAGCCCCACCCACUUUGGCCCAGGGGCAGGUGCUUGAGGACAUGUGGUGUGUGUAACUUUUGUAUACACUGUUCACUAACCCAAGCCCAUGUUUGUCAGAAACGGAACUCUCAGAACUUUUCAUUGGCACUCUCUGGGUCAGUGCUGAUUGUUACACAGGCUAAUGAUGUCACAUGGAGCCUGGACAGUGAUUGGAUGUUAGAGAUGGAGGACUCUCACUGCUGUUCUUUAUCAUGAUCAAACGUCUUAACUGCUACUCGGGAGGUCAGAGGUCAAAGGUGACUGACCCCUGUACCAAGUCCCUUUUAAGCUGCCUUGUUCUUACAGCCAUGAUCUUUGACCUGAGACUGUGACAGCCAUGAACUUUUGUCCCUUUGCUGAGAGGAGCGGACUCCGCGGUUCGGAGUGUGGUGUAGCUGAACUGUGUCUUUAUUUAAAGCCUUCACACCACCAAGAUGAUGUCUUAACAACACAAACAGUACAGUUUCCCUUCAGUGAUCAUCUGUUGUGAGUGUGUGCAUUGUUAGGAAGGGGAGCUUGUUCUUAUUGCCAGAUGACGACAUCCGAUGUGCCUUUUACACUGUUACUGAACAAAGUGACUUUCUAAAGCUUUCACCGUGCCCAGAACAAAUUGUACACUACAGCUAGGUGUGUGUGUGUGUGUGUGUGUGUGUGUGUGUGUGUGUGUGUGUGUUCUGUUCAGUAUUUUUUCUGCUCUUAUGUCUUCAUUCUGUGCUACAAAAACCCAAAAACACAACACGCCUUAAUAGCACGCUGACAAUCGUAGCAUUUCCCUCCUUCUCUUUCUGUCUCUCUCUCUCGCUCUCUCUGUCUGUCUCUCUGUCUCUGUGUCUCUCGCUCUCUCAUUUACUUUACACACAUACGUAACAAAGCCAUCCACAACUUUUACACUUUUAGUUAAGUGUUUAUGUAAAUGAAAGUGUUUACAGAUCCUGCUCUGUUAAUCCGGUCGGAUCUCAAACUGCACAUCAGACACUGCCAAACUGGUAUCUCGUAGCGGCACACCCUUAUUUUAGCAUCCUACCAUUCAGUGUACUACUUAUGCAAUUUGGGACAUGUCAGUGACCCAUGGCAAUGAUGGGUUAUGUCCCAAACUCUCCUAAUAAAAUACUCCUGUAGUAAAUAAUACACCAACAGAGGUACACACUUUAGGGAACGGUUGAUUAUAAACCCCUUGUUAGCUUCUUAGCUUCUGUCCCAAACCACAUACUAGUGUAUUAAACACUUUUUUUAAAGUGUGCACAAUAUUUUUAAUAUGCUAUUUAGUGUACUGUUUAAGGCUUGAGACAUAACAACAUAUAACUCAUGUUUUCUGAACUCACCGGUUUAACAAAUGUAUAAAUAAAACCAAAUGUGGCGAACUAUUUUGACGUAUUAUGUAGUAUCCUAUUUAUGCUACGUAUGUGGUUUGGGAUUGGAUAUACUAAUGUAAUGAAUAAUAUUAAUCUGACAUCUGGCUGUGUCCCAAACCUCUAUUAAUGCACUGAACAUUCUAAAGUCGGACACUGUUAAUAGUGUACUAUUUAUAAAAUUUGGGAUACUAUGGAAAGAUAACUAAAGGCUAAAUUAUUUCUGAUUUCUGACCCAAACCACUACUCAUGCACUAAAUAGUUACCAAAGAUGGAGUUUUAUUUCUUUUUUAUUUACACUAUAGGGCCGUACUGUUAAGGAGGUGCCCUCAGGUUACACGUGUCUCACCCUCAACAGUCACUGCAGUUUGUUUGUGUCCCAAACGCCUCAUUAGUGCCUGCUGUUGCUCCCUGCAUGUUCAGUCCUAACACAGCACAUGUCUACAAUCAGAGCUUAGACACACAGAAGUGUUCAUAUCAAUAAUGUCCAUCUCCCUACCUAGUGUCCUACCCAGUGUCUGUAGUGCUCAAUUACGACAUAGUGCCCUGACCGGCUUGCAUGCUAAUUGUGUAAACUCUGCCCACUUUCUGUGUUCACUUACAGUUUCUCCACUUACACUUUACCUGCAUGCUUACUGUAGUGCCUCCUGUGAUCUAGUGCCCUUAUUCAGCAUUCGGGACACAGCUGGACUCUCUGCGUCUCUACGCCUAAUUCAUUCUCCCUCAGACAAGUCCGCUUGAUAUUUUUAGGCUUAGAUUGGGCCCUUGAAUGCUCUGUUAAUGAUGUCAUGUUGUGUCGUGUGGUUGGUUGGUUGGUUGGUAUCCUGUUCUCUGUGGGACUCAUUAAUAAACAGCCAGUCUUAUUUUGUACAGAA